AUGAGGACCAGCCCUCGCAGGCCCUUAAUUCUCAAAAGACGAAAACUGACCCUCCCACAGAACGAUGAAUCCAGUACUUCAGCAAGAGAUGAGAACAGAGGUCAGGAUGAAAAGGCUCCUAAGCAGGAGCACAGACAGGAAGACCAACACAGCGGACAACCCAGAGACAAAAGGGACUGUGGCCUGCAGAAAUUCCCAGCAGGAAUAAAGAUAAUUGACCACCCUACAAUGCCCAACACCCAGGUGGUGGCAAUCCCUACAAAUGCUGAUAUCCAGAGCAUCAUAGAGGCAUUGACAGCAAAAGGAAAAGAGUGUGGCAACAAUGGACCCAACAAGUUCAUUCUCAUUAGCAGCGGGGGCACAUCCCGCUCAGCUGGUCCAGCACCAUCACAGCACCUCCCAUCAGAGAAGAAAGCCAGUGCAGCCACCAAGGCUGCAGUUAGCCAAGAAAGAGAGAAGAAUGUUGCACAGACACCUGGUCUUGCAGGCAGUACAGCGCUCUGGCAUUCAGGAGUUGAUCCUGUGGUUAGACAGGAGCAGGAGACCAACAGCAGUGGCGAGACAAUGAGCUCUGUGUUGGACAACAGCCUCACCAACAUCCAGUGGCUGGGGAAGAUGAGAUCCGAUGGGCUAAAUCCCUCUUCUGUGAAGGAGGACACAGAGAAAGAGAAUCAGGUUCCUCUGCGGGAAAGAGUUAAGACAGAAGAGGAAGGUGCUGCUGCUGUUCCUACUGCUGCUGAGUCCUCCUCAUGGCAGGAUUCGGUGUCAGAACGACCUCCUUACUCCUACAUGGCCAUGAUCCAGUUUGCCAUCAACAGCACGGAGAAGAAGCGCAUGACCCUGAAGGACAUCUAUACCUGGAUUGAGGAUCAUUUCCCUUAUUUUAAACAUGUAGCUAAGCCAGGCUGGAAGAACUCCAUCCGGCACAACCUGUCCCUUCAUGAUAUGUUUGUCCGUGAGACAUCUGCCAAUGGUAAAAUCUCCUUCUGGACUAUUCACCCUGAUGCAAACCGCUGCCUAACCUUGGACCAGGUGUUUAAGCCGCUGGACUUGGGGUCACCAACAUCGCCUGAGUACUCUGAAUCACAACAAAAGAAUCGUCUUCCAGAUCCUCUGAAGAACAUGGGAAGCAAAACUGAACCCCAGAAUUCGCGCCGAAAGAUGAAGCCUUUGCUUCCUCGUGUCAACUCCUACCUGGUUCCAAUCCAGUUUCCUUUGAGUCAGCCUCUUGUCUUGCAGCCUUCUGUGAAGGUUCCUCUGUCCAUGGCACAGGGAGCAUCCCUUAACAGCUCGGAGACUUUGCAGAGCAAUAAGCGUGUGUGCAUUACUCCAAAGAUGUCACUGUCUGCAGAAGAGUCUCCCUGUUUACCCUCAGCUGCUGUCAAGGAGGAAGAUCAAUGUGAUGCAGGUUUAUUCUCCCCAACCCACUCCAUACAGGAGAACAGCUCCCAGCCUGGUGAGGAAUUGUCUUCUUUCCCAGAGGGUGCCUGUGUGAAGGAGGAAGAAGGCUCUCAGCUGGAUCCCUGGCUGUCCCCAUUUGCCUCAAGUGUAACAGUCAAGGAAGAGCCAAGCUUGUUCUUCCCAGACUCAUCCACGAAGGAGAGGAAACAGUUCACUGCACUCAAGUCCCCACCUAAGGCAGUUUCUGACUCUUUGGUUAUAAAGAGGAGGGAAAGGCGGGAAGCAGGCAGGUCCAGAAGGAAGCAACGCCUAGCACUGCCUUGUUCAGAAGAGCUUGUCCUUGUUCUGCCAGAAAGCAGCGGCUCGGACCCUUUCCGGUUAGGGGCAGAGUGUCCCUUGCCCCAGGAAAACCAGCCCCUUGAGAGCAUAUCACAGCUCAGCUGCUCACAGGGAGAAGAGGGAGCCUUUAAAACGCCAGUCAAAGACGUCUUCGGCAAAUUGCCCGUUUCUUCCACUCCCAGCAAAGCCUCAGCCACUACCACCCCUUCACUAGAUGUCCUUGAUCCCUGGAAGUCUGCUUCCUUAGCCAGAGGAAGUCAUGAGCUGGACUUCAGUCCAGUGAAAACCCUUCAGUUGCCAUUCACACCCCUCCAGGACAACCAGGACUUGCUGGGUUUUAAUAGCACACCCCUUAAAAACCCUCUCUUUGAUUCUCCUCGAGAACUGCUCAAUACAGAAUCCGGUGACAUGGUCCUUGUGCCCCUCACGAGCUCCCCAGCAUUUAUUCGUGACACUCCCAAGCAAUCCUCUGUUGAACUGACAGCCUCUGGCUUUACUGAAAACAGGUCACUCAUGGAGGGCCUUAUCCUGGACACCAUGAAUGACAGCCUCAGCAAAAUCCUUCUGGAUAUCAGCUUUCCUGGUCUUGAGGAUGAAAAUUUAGGAACAGAUAUUAGUUGGUCUCAGCUCAUACCUGAACUGAAGUGA